GAGCAGUGAUGUUGGGCAGCUCCGCGCCGGGGCCUGCGUCCCGCGAGGCGGGCUCGGCGCUGCUAGCAUUGCAGCAUACGGAGCUCCAAGAGGACCAGGAGAACAUCAACCCUGAGAAGGUGGCGCCCACCCAGCAGCCCCGCACUCGUGCCGGGCUGGCCGUACUCAAGGCUGGGAAUCCGCGCGUUCCAGCACCGCAGCAGAGGCCCAAGACACGACGGGUUGCACCUCUUAAGGAUCUUCCUAUAAAUGAUGAGCAUGUCACUGUUCCUCCCUGGAAAGCAAACAGUAAACAGCCUGCAUUUACCAUUCAUGUGGAUGAAGCAGAAGAAGAGACUCAAAAGAGGCCAGCUGAACCUAAAAAAACGGAACAUGAAAAUGUCCUGGCUUUUAAUUCAGCCAUUACUUUAUCUGGACCAAGAAAACCACUGGUACCUCUUGAUUAUCCAAUGGAUGGUAGUUUUGAGUCACCACAUACUAUGGACAUAUCAAUUGUAUUAGACGAUGAAAAGCCAAUGAGUGUCAAUGAAGUCCCAGACUACCAUGAGGACAUUCACACAUACCUUAGGGAAAUGGAGGUUAAAUGUAAGCCUAAAGUGGGUUACAUGAAGAAACAGCCAGACAUCACUAACAGUAUGAGGGCUAUCCUUGUGGACUGGUUAGUUGAAGUAGGAGAAGAAUAUAAACUACAGAAUGAGACCCUGCAUUUGGCUGUGAACUACAUUGAUAGGUUCCUUUCAUCGAUGUCUGUGUUGAGAGGAAAACUUCAGCUUGUGGGCACUGCUGCUAUGCUGUUAGCCUCAAAGUUUGAAGAAAUAUACCCCCCAGAAGUAGCAGAGUUUGUGUACAUUACAGAUGAUACCUAUACCAAGAAACAAGUCCUGAGAAUGGAGCAUCUAGUUUUGAAAGUGCUUGCUUUUGACCUAGCUGCACCAACAGUAAAUCAGUUUCUUACCCAAUACUUUCUGCAUCAGCAGUCUGCCAACUGCAAAGUUGAAAGUUUAGCAAUGUUUUUGGGAGAAUUAAGUUUGAUAGAUGCUGACCCAUACCUAAAGUAUUUGCCAUCAGUUAUUGCUGCAGCAGCCUUUCAUUUAGCACUCUACACAGUCACAGGACAAAGCUGGCCUGAAUCUUUAGUUCAAAAGACUGGAUAUACCUUGGAAAGUCUUAAGCCUUGCCUCAUGGACCUUCACCAGACCUACCUCAGAGCACCACAGCACGCACAACAGUCAAUAAGGGAAAAGUAUAAAAGUUCAAAGUAUCAUGGUGUUUCUCUCCUCAACCCACCAGAGACACUAAAUGUGUAACAGUGAAAGACUGCCUUUGCUUUCUAAGAUGUAAAUCACUCCAAGUAUAUGGUGUACAGUUUUUUCUAAGGUUUUAAUCUUUACAAUCAUUUCUGAAUACAGAAGUUAGGGUCAAAGUACAAAUUAUGGUAUCUAUUACUUUUUAAAUGGUUUUAAUUUGUAUAUCUUUUGUACAUGUAACUAUCUGAGAUAUUUGGCUAAUUUUAAGUGGUUUAAAGUAUUAAUGAUGCCAGCUGUCAGCACAAUAAGAAUAAGAAUAAAUGGAUUUAGAAAAUUUGGUUUUGUAAGUCAAAUUUGAUUUGGCUACGGUAUCACUCAGAAAAAUUAAUUUCAUAUACUAUAGAAGGGGACUGGGAAGGCUUCUCUUGUGUAGGAAAAUGGAUAAAAGUUUGAGCAUCCAUUUUCCUAAGCCACUGGAUCAAUUUGGUGACUUGCGCAUAAUCCAAGCAUAUCUGGAAUAAAUCUGUGCUUAUUAUUCAUCUGUUGUGAUGAUCCUGAGAAUCUUUCAGCUCUUUGUACACACUAUGAAAAUGCUUUUUCAUUCCUCAUCAACUUUUACACUUUACUGAAGUGACAGUUAUUUAAAACCUGUUAAGUUGUCCAAAAGGUUUAUUUUAAAGCAUAAUGUAAAAAACUAUUAUGGAAUUGACUAGAUUUUAUAAUGGAUUUGUGAAGAGAAAAAUACCCAAAGUUAUUAGCACUGAAUAAAUAUCCUUUUAAUAGUUAUAUACACAAAUAUACAACUAUGUGAGCUUCAAUUAGCAGCUCUCUUCUUUUUUCUCUUUUUCACUGGCUUUUUACUUGGUGCUUUUUCUUGUUUUGCACUGAUGGUUUGUGUUCUGUGAAUAAAAUAAAUUAACAGUUUACUAACAGUAUUAGCACUACAAGCUGAUACCAUGGGUGGUUUGCCACACUCAUAAUAUUUUGCUCGUUAAUUUUGGAUUACCAAAAUAGGAGGCCUUAUUUUUUCCAAAAUAGGCGCCUUAUUUCUUCCAGUAGAAUAUAGAACACUUGCCAACUAUGAGAAUAAAAUGCAGGAUUACUUUAAAAGUAAUCCAGUUUUAUAGAAUUAGGUCCUAAUGUUUUUAAAUCUCAGUUUGAAGAAACCACAGAAAGAACAGCUGGAUUUCAAAUUAAAAAGGGGGUGUCUGUUUAUAGUAGGAUAAGAUGAGAAUAAAACCAGAAAAGUCUUGAGUAUGUGUAUACACUUGAAAUAAAUCAGAAACUUGUUACCUUA